GAGGCCGCUAGGGCUCCUCUCACAUAAAUGACGUUCAGAGAGAGGGAGCGGGAGAGCAGCGCAGAGAGGCGCCUCCGUCCCCUCUCUCCGGCGCAGGCACACGCGCACCCCGGGGCACUCGCACCGGGACGCGGGCACAGGUCCCGGCCCGGCUCCCGCCGCACACACACAAAGGCACAUCGCGGCGGCGGCGGCCGCUCGGCAUCCCUUGCCCGCCCGCCUGCUCACUCCCUCCCUUCGCCCGGGGACGGGCUCCUGGCUCCUCAGGCUUUUUCAAUCCUUUUCCAUGCCUCGGGAUAACGCACCCUCUGGACCUGCAGCUACCCGGAGUCUGAGGGAUUUUGUGUCUCGGAUCCUGCCGCUGGACAGCGCCUACACACGCCUUUAAGGAAGCGGGCACCUACAAACUAGAUGUAAAGACGGAACCUCCACAGCAACCGAAGCCCGGGUCGGAAGAGCGCCCCCCGCCCAGGCCAGGCCCCGGGCCCGCCUCCGCAGAGAGGUCCCAGCCGGCACCCACCCCGCCGCCGCCGCCGCCCGCCGCCGCCUCCGUCCGCACCUCCAGCCCCACCAUUCAGCGCGCAAGAUACCCACCAGAUAUGCCCUGUGUGCAAGCGCAGUAUAGUCCUUCACCGCCCGGUUCGAAUUAUGCAUCCCAGACCUACGCCUAUGGCUCGGAGUACAGCUCAGACAUCAUGAACCCUGACUAUGCCAAGCUGACCAUGGACCUGAGCAGUACCGAAAUCACUGCCACGGCCACCACCUCCCUUCCCAGCUUCAGCACCUUUAUGGAGGGUUACUCUGGCAGCUAUGAGCUCAAGCCUUCCUGCCUCUACCAAAUGCAAACUGCCUCCUCUGGCCAGAGGCCCCUCAUAAAGAUGGAAGACACCCGGCUGUCGCCAUACCAGCCCUCACUGCCCCCAUCUACAGACGAGGGCAUGCCCAGCACUUCCAUGUACUUCAAGCAAUCUCCACCCUCCACGCCCACCACACCCGGCUUCCCUGCUCACCAGGGCCUGUGGGACGAGCCCCCGCUGCAGCCCACGCAGACCUGCCUGCCUCCCGGCCACCUGAUGGACGCCACCCCCAUGAAGACCGUGCCUCCGCGCUUCCCUCUCUUCCACUUCAAGCACUCGCCUCCGCACACGCCGUCCGCGGCCGCCCACAUGUGCUACGACCCUGCCUCGCUGAGCCUGCCCCUGGGCUCCGACAGGCCCGCCGCCAGCCAGGCUCCCAUGGAGGGCCAUUCCUACGGGCUUCACCUGGCCAAAAGACCAGCCACCUUAGCCUUCUCACCACUCGGCCUCAACGCAGCCCCCUCCAGCCUGAUGGGGGAGAGCAGCGGGAGCGGCAGCAGCGGCCUGCCGUCCCCGCCCAGCAGGAGCUCUUCGUCCGGGGAAGGCACCUGCGCCGUCUGCGGAGAUAAUGCCGCCUGCCAGCACUACGGGGUGCGGACAUGCGAGGGCUGCAAGGGCUUUUUCAAGAGAACAGUUCAGAAAAAUGCAAAAUAUGUUUGUCUGGCAAAUAAAAACUGCCCAGUGGACAAGAGACGUCGUAACAGAUGCCAAUACUGCCGGUUCCAGAAGUGUCUCAGUGUCGGCAUGGUUAAAGAAGUUGUCCGUACCGACAGCCUGAAAGGGAGAAGAGGUCGGCUGCCUUCCAAACCAAAGAGCCCCUUACAGCAAGAACCUUCCCAGCCCUCCCCACCCUCUCCUCCCAUCAGCAUGAUGAAUGCCCUCGUUCGAGCUUUAACCGACUCCACGCCCAGGGAGCUGGACUAUUCAAGAUACUGUUCCACUGAUCAGGCUGCUGCAGGCACAGAUGCAGAACAUGUACAACAGUUCUAUAAUCUCCUGACUGCCUCCAUUGACAUAACUAGAGGCUGGGCAGAAAAAAUCCCAGGAUUUACUGACCUCCCAAAAGAAGAUCAGACAUUACUCAUAGAAUCAGCUUUUUUGGAGCUGUUUGUACUAAGACUCUCCAUCAGGUCUGAUACUGCUGAAGAUAAGUUUGUAUUCUGCAAUGGACUCGUGCUUCAUAGACUUCAGUGCCUUCGUGGAUUUGGGGAGUGGCUCGACUCUAUUAAAGACUUUUCCUUAAACUUAAAGAGCCUUAACCUUGAUAUCCCAGCCUUAGCAAGUCUAUCAGCUCUAACUAUGAUUACAGAACGACAUGGAUUAAAAGAACCAAAGAGAGUGGAAGAGCUAUGCAACAAGAUCACAAGCAGUUUGAAAGAUCACUUAACUUUCAGUUGCCAAAACAAAGGACAACCGCUCGAGUCUGCAGAGCCGAAGGUACUGGGUGUUCUGGCUGACUUGCGUUCUCUCUGCACACUGGGACUGCAGCGCAUCUUUUACCUGAAACUGGAAGAUUUGGUGCCAGCCCCUUCCAUCAUCGAGAGGCUGUUUCUGGACACCUUACCCUUCUGAGUCAAACCACCCUCCUGAGAGGCAAACGCCCACCAGAGCAGGCAAACGGAUCGUGACUUACAGCUAACAUUUCUGCCCUCACUUAACAGAAAAGCCGCUCCGAGUCUAACAUGAGGUCUUUUCUGGCUCUUUGUCCUUACAACCUGAGGCCUGAAACUUAGUGGCUUACUGGUUUGGGGUUGUGUUCUUUGUUUUCUUUUGUGUGAUUUGGGUUUUUUAAAUGGCUAAUAUGGCACUUUUGGACAAUGCUAUCCCAGCAGCAGUAAAAGGUUAAUAUGACUGUUUUAAAUCUGUUGUUUAACACCUCAUGGUCCAUGAGGAGUAAAAUUGUAGAAGCUGUGUUUGAAAGAACAGCAAAUUGUUGUUUGCCAGGGUAGUAUGUGUUUUGUGAGGAUACCUUUAGCAUACUUCCUGCAUCAAGGGCACAUACAUCAGCACAAUCUAAACAAAAAUUCACUUUUUUAGCAAAGUACAUUCAAUUAAACAUUUCAUACAAAUCAAAUAUAGCAAAAUGACAAUGGCUGUUAGCUCCCAUGUUCAAGUGCAAUUUUUUAAAGUGCUGUCUUACUAAGUCUCGUUUAUUAACUAAUUUAUUUUACUAGGAAAACAAACAGAAGAAAUCAAGGGAGAAAAUUACAUGCACUAACUUACCUGACAGAGUUUUCCAAACUUGAUUCCAUGUAGCGUGACUUAUUGACAAAUGUAUGUGGAAGACACGGGAGCAAUUGUGGCUCAGUUGUUCCUUAGCUAAGGAAACCCGAGUAAGUAGUGAUUGGAGCAUACAGGGUCAGUAUCAGGGAUAGUUCAGUUCUAGACUUCUAACACAAGCAACUCGUUAGUAAACAGACAGAAGAUGGUUUUCAAGAACAAGCAAGUCUUGUAAAAUAGUAUGAAUGUAAGUGCUAGGAAGGAUAUAGUGGGCUGCGUUUAAACAUUCCGUGUUCGUACUCCUUUUUGUAUGUUUAUACUGUUGAUGCCAUAUUAAUAUGAGAUAAUUUGUUGCAUAGUGUCUUUAUUUGUAUAAAUGUUUGUAUGCAUGGUAUAUUGUAAUGGCUUUGCCUGUAUUUAUUGCAAUGACUGCCAGCUCAUGGGAACCCUGUUACACAUGAUAACUAAAUGGGGUGUUCACACUGACUCAGAUACACCAGUUGGAAAACUAUAUACAUAUAUAUAAUGUGUAUGUAUAUAUAUGUAUAUACCUAUAUUUGUGUGCGUGUGUGUGCGCGUGUCUUUUUAUUAACCAUUUGUAUAUAAAAUAUCUGUCAAAUCACAAGCAGAGUUAUUUUACAGUUUAUUUGCAGUGACUUCUAAGGCAGUACUGUUUAGCACUUUGAUAUUAAAAUCUUGCUCAUGUUUUGCUAAAUUCAAAUGAUAUUUAAAAAGUUCAGUUCUAAAAAACUUUAUAUGCACUGUAUUAAGUCAAAAUUUUGUUGGUCAUUUUGCUAAAGAAAUUUUUGAAUGUCAACCUGAUGUCACUGUAUCUUUUGUUAGCUUUAAACAUUCUAGCUUUUGUCUUUUUUUAAACUAUGCUGUUUAUAUGGAAAUUAAAUUAUACAAUCAAACAGAUGCCAAAUGAAUUGCCUAAUUGCUGCAAAGGAUAACCCAGAUAUUGAGUCACUGUAUGGUUUUCAAAAAGUAAUCUGGUAUUUUAUCACUUACUAUGUUUGGAUGUGCUUUUAUGAAAAAAUUAUUCUUAUAUCAAGAUUUAUAGUAGUGUCAAUAGGGAAACAGACUUCUAAUCACUAUAGUUAAUAUUUCUGGUUUACCUGCAGAUAAUAUUUGGAAAAGUAUUGCUUUUUGUAUUGACUUUUAAGCUUAUGUGCAAACAUAAUAGCAUAAUUAAAUAUCAGAGAAGCUAAUGUUUCUUGUAGGUUGCUGUAACAAGCCUGACCAGCAAGACAAAUAUAUUUUGACUGAAUUUGCUUUUGUAUAUACUAAAUAUAUAUAUAUACAUAUAUAUAUAUACACACUCACACACAUGUGCGCAUACAAAAACAUACAGACAUAAAAUCCAAAAAGAGAAUAUUUGCUUUUGCCUCCUUGUGUAAGACACAAGGUCCCUUGAGAAAUUGCUUUUAUCUAGGGACAAAUCCUGCUGGGUGCUGAGCACCAGCCAGACAAGGGCUUGCAGGAGCUUUUUUUGCGAGCGGGCCCUUAUCAAGGAUUUUCAAGCAAAUCAGCAUAGUACAGUAAAAUUGCUUUUUUGUUGAGCAAGGUUUAUUUAUUAAGUGGAAUGUGAGUGGGAGGAAGCAGGUUGAGAGCCCCGUGUGAGAUUUCACGUAGUCUGUGUCCUCCAGUCUUCCAUAGAUAGUCUUAGCUGUGAUACUCUCCCAAAUCCCAUCAUCUGUGGAAUUGUCCUUCAUGUCAACUCCAAUACACUGAUUCAUCCUAGAGUACAGCCGGUGACCUGUCACAGUGGUAAAAGAAAGAGUUAAUGCAGAAUAAAUCUACUACUAUUCUUAGAGCUCUCUCAGUGUGAACAUGCCUUUGUCUAGGCAGAAUUCAGGAAUAUAUCAGGUGUUAAGGGAGAGUGCCUUGCUUUUAUUUCAGACAACAGUGUCUCAAGAGUUUCUUCACUCAGCUAACCACAGUACUUUUUUCUUUUUUAUUUCUUUUCCUUUUUUUUUUUGUGGUGUUAACCUGUGGGUUGAAAGAAAUGCUCAUGUACAUAUACAAUGUAAAUUAAAAUUAUUAAAUUGAAUAACAUUUUUUUCAGAG